AUGGCCGCUACACUGAACGCCGUCCUCGCCAAGUAUACCGCCUCCAGCGGCGACACAAACGACAAACUGCUAGGCGCCUCAUUCAUCGUCAUUAACAAAGAUGAGACCUUAUACAGCAACGCGGCAGGCCGCAUUGACUUUCCCAAUGAGGCCCGCCCCUGGGACCUCGACACGUUCACCUACGUUGCAUCACUCACCAAGGCCAUCACUUCCACCGCAGUCAUGCAACUCGUCGAGCAAGGCCGCCUACGUCUCGACGACGACAUGCGCAAGAUCGUGCCCGAGCUAGGAGACAUGCAGAUCCUCCGCGGCUUCGAUGAGAACGAGGAGCCAAUUCUGGAGGACAACACCACGCCCAUCACGCUCAGGAUGCUUCUAACCCACACCGUCGGCCUGGGCUACGACUUGAUGCCAGACCUCCUCAAAUGGUCCAAAUCCAUCGGCCGUACCGUGACAAACCUCUCUGGCACACUCGAAGGCUUCAAAACGCCCCUGUUCUUCGUUCCAGGGGAAGGGUGGUACUACGGUACGGCCAUCGACUGGGCAGGCCAAGCCCUGGAGCGGAUCACGGGAGCUACCCUAGGUACCUACCUCGCCGAGCACAUCUUCGGUCCGCUCGGCAUGAAAGACACGGGCUUCUGGCCGGACAAGCUGCCCCACGUCGCCGAGCGUACCGCCGCAUUCCAAAUCCGUGGCAGCGACGGAUCGUCGCUCGUUCCGGGGUCUAGUCCGCGCAACGUGAGUUCCAACGCUGUUGAUAGCGGCGGUGCGGGGCUUUGGACUACGGCAAAAGACUACAGCAUCUUCCUCUCUGCACUGCUGAAUAACACACUCGUGAAAAAGGAGACAACAGAGGAAAUGUUCCGGCCGCAACUUGACGAGCGACAGGCGAGACAAUUCGAGAAGCUCACGGCUGAAUGGGGCGGUUCGUUGGCCGUGGAGUUUGAGCUGGAUAUGGAGCUUAAUCACGGGCUGAUUGGUUGCAUCAACAUGCGUGACGUGCCGGGGAAGCGCAAGAAGGGGAGUUUGCAGUGGAGUGGCAUGUGUAACAGUCAUUGGUGGUUGGAUCGGGAGACGGGUGUUGCUGGAGUUCUUCUGGUCCAGUCGCAGCCUCAUGCUGAUCCGGUGGUGACGAGGUUGUACAAUGAUCUGGAGAGGGCUGUUUACGGCGAGCUUCUGAAGACAGCGUAG